AUGAGAACAUUACGUCAGCUUGCUAUAGAUGAGUUCACAAAUUUUCCAUUAGCAGCUGCAGUUCUACAGAGUGAUUUUUACAUGGAUGAUGUUCUAACAGGGUCAAUUUCAUUGAGGUUGGCAAAAGAGAUACAGCGUGAAUUAAUUGAGAUUUUAAAAAGUGCAAAUAUGACUCUGCACAAAUGGUGUAGCAACAAUCCGGAGUUUGCAGUUAACGUUGAUGAUGAAUACACAUUUCAGUGCGCGAAUGAAGUGUCAGCCUUUGGUGUUUCCUGGAAAACAGACAAAGAUUGUUUUAAUUUUAAAGUGAAACUAGAAAAUGAGUCUAAAAUUACUAAAAGGCAAGUUUUGUCAACAAUAGCAAGAAUCUUUGACCCGCUUGGUUUAUUGGGUCCCGUGAUAGCUAAAGCAAAAAUAUUUCUUCAGAGACUAAGGGUUUUGAAGCUCAAUUGGGACGAUCUUCUACCUGAUAAAGAAGCCAAAGAAUGGCAAAGGUUUUUCUCUGAACUACCACAUAUAAGUAAGUUAGAAAUUAACAGAUGCAUUCUUGUCGCAGAAGCAAUUGUUAUUGAGUUACACGAAUUUUGUGAUGCCUACGAGUUAGCUUAUGGAGCCGUAGUUUAUAGUAAAUCCGUCUCCCAGUAUGGUGAAGUGGUGAUAAGGCUGGUAACGAGUAAAUCAAAAGUUUCUCCUAUAAAGCAAGUUACCAUACCAAGGUUAGAGUUAUGCGCAGCUGUAUUGCUUGCGAAGUUAAUGACUCGAGUAAUAUCUGCUUUGAAACUUAAUGUGAAUAAUGUAUUUUUCUGGAGUGACUCUUCGAUAGUCUUGGCUUGGCUGAAAAAGGAGCCCUGUUGUAUGAAAAGGUUUGUUGCUAAUCGAGUUGCAGUGGUUCAAGAAAUGACGGAGGUGCGACAGUGGCAUCACGUCCCAUUUAAGCAGAAUCCUGCGGAUCUCAUAUCAAGAGGCGCUUAUCCGGUCAAACUUCAACUGUGUGAACUGAGGUGGCGUGGUCCCCCAUUUCUUCUUUAA